AUGAUCGGCUCAUUUACCGGGGAGCACGAUGUUCAAGUCGCCCACCUCGUCCCGUGUCCGCAACCUCCGAGGGAAGGGCCUGUGAACCACACAAAUGACGCUAUCAAAAGAAUGGACACCGAAUUUCUGGCCGUGCAUGCCGAUCGAGUCAUCCGGAUGCUGCCCGGCGGCGUGGAUUUAGUUGGUAUUGUACUGAUUUCCGAGGAGAAGAAAGUGCUCCCGUUGCUGAAACCGGUGUUGCUUCAAGUUUUACAAGGCGUUGCAAAGGCCGCCACUGCUGAUUCGACGUUCAACUUGUUCAAGUAUAUCACCCAUAUGGCGCUAGUAAGUAUAGAUGGAGCGGAAGGACAGCAGCAAGGUUUUCGAGCCGACGUCAGCCAUCGUGAGGGCUCGUUUUCUGCGAAUAAAAUCAGCUUUGAUAAAGUAGAUCAAAAGCACAAGAAGCAGUCCUACGAAUUGGCGCUUAUGGUUCAAUCGGAAUGCGACAUCGACGCGGCUUCAACGAUCGAGAGCGAGACCGCAAAUAAUUGGCACGAUUUUGUGUUUGACGUCGAGGUGAAAGAUGCUGUGGCUGCCGUGAAGCUGCAUGUUAUCCGGAAUUUUAGUGCGCGGGAGGCCCUCGUCGCCGAUCUGAUGGACGUCACCGAG